GUACCUGUGCGCCGGAACACCGAUCUCAGCUCACCUGGACCGUCCGCGAUGGAGCAAAUCGGAUGAACUAUGAUGAGGAUACUGUUUUUCUGUGGGCAUUUUUCGACGAAGGGAAGAAGCAGCAGAGCUGAGCAGAGACAGGGUGAAUUUAUUCCACAAGAAAACAGCAGCAGCAGCGGCGGCUCUAACGGCAGACAGGUUUUUUCAAUGCAUCAUCAUCGCAGCAUGUGCUGAUCUUCUCAGCCGUACCCAAAAGAUAGCGAGCAACACAUUGAGCAGCUGACCUCCUCAGUAAUCCUGCACCUGCUUCAGCUGUUCACAUGGCCCACCCUUAUGAGCCCUGGUUACGGACAGCACCACCUAGUGGCAGCUCAGAAGACAUGAACAUCCCAUCCUGGUGGGACCUCCACAGGGAUGUCCAACCAGGCAGCUGGAUAGACCUUCAGACGGGUCAGGGUGUAGGUCUGCCUUCAGUGAGUCCAGGGAGCUCCAUGGGGCUGCAGCCCUCUUUAGGGCCCUACGGCUCUGACCCACAGCUGUGCAACCUGCCUCCAGCUCAACACGCUCCAGCAUCACACUCGCCUCACCUCUUCCCCCAGGAUGGCUUCAAGAUGGAGCCACUGGCCCCUGAAAUGCUACAGCAAGAACCGUUCUCCCUGGAGGAGCCACAGGAGACCUCUGUGUCAGCCCGUCCCAAGCCCCAGCGUCGCUCCUCUUCCAGAGGCGCCGGUCAGGCCGUGUGUCGCUGCCCUAACUGUGUCCACGCUGAACAGCUGGGCCAAAGUACCGAUGACAGCAGGAGGAAGCACAUGCACAACUGCCACAUCCCUGGCUGCGGCAAAGCCUACGCUAAGACAUCCCAUUUGAAGGCGCACCUACGGUGGCACAGCGGGGACCGGCCAUUUGUCUGCAACUGGCUCUUCUGUGGCAAGAGAUUCACACGCUCUGAUGAACUGCAACGCCACCUGCAGACGCACACCGGAGCCAAGAAGUUCAGCUGCGCGUUAUGCCCCAGAGUCUUUAUGCGCAAUGACCACCUGGCCAAGCACAUGCGCACACAUGAGUCCCCGCCAGGACACGGGGACGAGAGGGUAAAUGGAGAUGGCAGGAUGGAUAAGGGCUUUGAUGCAUCCACGCCUCCUCAGUCAUCCUCAAACGUGUCUGUGUCUGACACCACAGAGCCACCGCUGAAGCUGAAGUGUGAGGCAGACCCCUCAGUCUCCAGUGUGACAGGGCAGUCCAGCUAAUUUCAUCAUUCAUUUAAGGUUUACCAUCUGUUCCCCUCUCUGUCACAGAGGCGUCAUAGUUUUACGACGGAACAGAGACGAGAAGAAAAGUUUGGACAAAGUUUUACUUAUGAAAGCUGGAUAGAAGUAUACGUCUGUGGUCCUGUGAAUUUAGCAACUGGGGUAACUCAGUGAUAACCUAAAUGUUACAACACACAGAAAACAACAUGAAUUUUACUGAUGCUGUGGAUGAAACUUUCCUCUGUGUUUACCAAAGGUGAAAGGUGGCUAAAGAGGCAACCGAGUUGAGGCUGCAGCUUGUUGCCAGACUUCCAUUGCUGCUAGAGAUAGAGUUCAACUGAAGGUGGCUUGUUAACUUGUUUACAAUGAAAGCAAUCAAAUGUGUUACUGAAAGUGUCGGGGAAGUGAUUGUCUCCAGACACAGUUUGACCAACGUCAAAGUCAACAUGCCUUUGAACUGAGAAAGCAGACAGUGAUGAUAUUUUGUUUUUGUGGCAGACUAACACCGUAUGAGUGUAGCCUGCUGCGCAAGUUGUGAUGAGACACUGGAAUAUGACACGGUAUUUCGAAUUUCUAAAAGCUCAGCAGCCAUUUGGACGCUAGACAAUACAUGCCACUAAACUGGGUGUGAGUGUGUUGGUAUGUAAGCAAUUAAAAUGGCAUAUAAGCAAAAUGAAAGUAUAACAGACAACAAUGCUGUGCCAUGGCAGUGUACUGUGAUGCUCCACAAUGAGAGCUAAUGUGAUACUGAUGUGAUGCUGACAUAAUAAUAUAAUAUAAUAUAAUAUAAUUAUAUUAUAUUAAAUAAUAUAAUAUAAUGUAGAAAAUGGUAAUUCCAUGCACUACAAAGGGCAGUAUGUGCCAAACAUAGUGUGUUUAUGUGGCCACGGCAGUUUUGAGGGCAAAACACUUAUUAAUGAGAGAAUGUGAACACGUGUUCAGGUCACCAGAUGGAACACAACAAUGCAAAGAACCACUAAGUGCUACAAUGAUGUGAAAAAGGUAAACCCAUGAAUCACUAUUAGCUGAACCUGAGAAAUGAAAAGUGGUCACAGCGCCUGUCAGGUAAGAACAAGAAAAUGAAGCUGGACAUGCAGAGAAAAUGCUGCGUGGCUAAAUGAAUCCUGGUUUCUGUUGUGACAUGCUGACGACAGUGAUAUCUGGCGUAAACACAACUCCGCAGAUCCACUCUGUCAACGCAAGUGUUGAAUAAAACUUCCAGCACAAAGCAGCACUUAAUUACAUCAUGGGUCCAGGAACAUAGUUUAAUCCAGUGGCCUAUGCAGUCUCAAGAUUUAAAGCUGCACUAAUUAAUAUUUAAAAAAAAAAAGAAAAAAACAAUGGAUCAAAUAACUGUGUAAUGUGAAAUUGGCUGGUCAUAGUGACAAACUAACAUGAUUAUCACUGGACUCUGCAGUUCCUCUCACUUGCACAUUUAGCAUAUUUGAGCUCAUUGUUUUGGUUAUCUGGCCCACAACUUCACCGUUUAGGUUCAGUUUCACUGCUCUCAUCAGUCCUGUUUCCAGCAGCGAGCAACUGGUGUCAGCAAAAAAGUUGUGAUUAGGUCACUUCAGGCUAAUCGCCUCUCACCAAACAGCAGACACACAAAGUUAGUGGCCAGCUGGUGAACAAAGAGGCACAUACUGUAGAGCAGCUAAAGAGAGCAGCUGGAUGUUUCACCUAAAGAACUGGUAAAGACCAAGCUGAGCAAAAAGAACAGUGAAUAUUACAUUGACUUUAAACACUGCUACUCCUGCUUUGUUUCUGCUGGAUGUGUAAUUAGGCAGCUGUUUGCUAACACCUACUCAAUUAAAGUUUCAUAUGUGAAUAAUAUGUCAAUGCUGUGUUUACAACUUGU